GCCAGUUCAUAUCUGUCCGCCGCUCAAAAUGCUCUCCUUCUUUUUCUUGUUAGCGGUGUUAUUAUUUUGUUCGGCCGGUCCGACUUGGGCCCAGCAGCAGCAAACGCCGAUUGUCAUAUGGCACGGAAUGGGCGACAGUUGUUGCAACCCGAUCAGCCUGGGUGGAUUUUCAAAACACCUGGAGGAAUAUUUGCCGGGCGUUUACGUUCACUCGCUUCGAAUUGGAAACAAUAUUAUUGAAGACACAGAGAACGGAUUCUUCAUGCAGGUGAACAAGCAAGUGCAAAAAGCCUGUUUGCAGAUCAAGAGCGACCCAAACUUGAAAGACGGCUUCAACGCCAUCGGAUUUUCGCAAGGGGCUCAAUUUCUUCGAGCUUUGGCCCAGCGAUGUCCCGAUCCGCCGAUGCUGAAUCUGAUCUCGUUAGGCGGACAACACCAAGGCGUGUACGGCCUUCCGCACUGCUUUUACCCCGGCCACAAGUGGUGCGACUACGUCAGAAAAGCGCUCAACCACGCCGCAUAUGAGAGCUACGUGCAGAAGACUUUAGUGCAGGCCCAAUACUGGCACGACCCAUUGAAUGAAGAUUUGUACCGAAAUGGAAGCAUGUUCCUGGCAGAUGUUAACAAUGAACAAGUUUUUAACCAGGAAUACAGGACGAACCUAUUAAAAUUACAAAACUUAGUGUUGGUCAAAUUCAACAAUGAUUCCAUGGUGGAGCCGCGGUCGUCCGAGUGGUUUGGAUUUUACGCGCCUGGGCAAGCGGUUGAAGAAUUGGCCCUCGAGGACACCGAUCUUUAUAAGGAGGAUCGACUCGGAUUAAAAGUUUUGAAUGACUCUGGACGAUUGCACUUUUUGGACCUUGACGGGGACCAUUUGGAAUUCACAAGAGAGUGGUUCAAUGAGAAUAUUGCCGACAAGUACCUAAAGAGCGUUUAAUUAUAUCGAGACAAACCCUGGGAGAAAAAUAGCCCCUGUCAAAUUUUCUUUAGUGAAAGUCGAAUUCUGUAAAGCAUGAAAAAAAAAAUCAAAUUAAAAUUAAUUUAUUGAAAUAAUAUUCAAUGCCACUGAAUUACAAUUAAUUUCUGCUUGAUCAUUUGAUUUUGUCAAGUGUUGCUCCUUCUCUCUUGGUGCGCGGAGGAUCUUUUAAGAAAAAAAAAAUUGACAAAUAUUUCAAUUAAAUAUAAAAAAAUCCCUUUUUACAACAAUAUUAUUGGAAUAGUUGUGAUGGUUAUUACUGAUAUAAAGGUUUGUUUGAAAUAAAUACGAAGCUUUUGAAUUGAAAGCAGAAUGCAGGGCAAAUUAUAAACAUUUUUUUUAAA